AUGGCAGAUUGGUCCCAACUUCCAUACGAUCUUGUUCACGAGGUCGCCUCACAUUUAGUGGCCGUUGAAGAUUUCCUCGCGUUUUCUGCCGUUUGUUGCGAUUGGCGAUCGGUUUAUUCGGCAAAGGAAUGGCAUCAACGCCCUCAGGUUCCGUUGUUGAUGAUCUUUGUCCCCGAAAAAAAUGGUUUUAGAAAUUUCAUUAGCUUGUAUAGAAACAAGGUGUGCAAGUUAGAGAUACCCGAGUUUCGUGGUAGGAAGUCGUGGGGAUCUUGCUCGGGAUGGAUUUUAACGCUAGGGUUAGAUCUCACGAUCCAGCUUCUGAACCCGUUGACUCGUGUUUGUCCGAGUCUUCCUCCGAUAUCCUCGUUACAGCACCGUCCUAAUGACGUCAGAACCCCGUAUUGUUAUCGUGUCAUAAAGAGAGUCUUCGUCUUUAUGAAGCAGCAGCCGCCACCUCGUAACGACGAGGGCGGCGGCUCUUUUGUUGUUAUAAUUUAUGGCCCUUUGUACCGGUUGGCCCUUUAUCGACCCGGGUAUACUUCUUGGACGAUUCCUAGCAGCUUUGAUUUCGACGACCCAACCCCACCUGAAAAUGUCAAAUUUGCACUUAGAAAGGGGAAAUUCAAUCAUUUAAUGUUGGUAGAAUCUCGUGGAGAUAUUUUGACAGUUUACACGCAGCAAGAUAGCAAUCGUUGUGGAUUUCCCGUUGGGUCAGUACACUUUUUCGUCUACGCUCUUGAUUUUAUUAAUAAGCAGUGGGUUGAGGUGAGGGACUUGGGGAACCGCUCGAUUUUCGUCGACAAGAGUGGAUGUGUGGUGGUUUGUGGGCCCGAGCGCUUCAACUGCAGAAGCAAUAGCGUUUACUUUGUAGCGGACAACAUGCAAAAGAUGGCGGGUUGGGGAGGUUUGGAUAGAUUUGUGCGUGUAUAA